GGGGCCACCGCUUUGCGCCGGUGACUCCUGCUGCGUCUUUUUCCUCUGCGACCUUGCUCUCUCGUCGCGCCCUCGGAGCCUGACCGUAGCGCGCCCUGCGAGUCAUGACGACCAAGGCUGUGUGCGUGCUGAAGGGCGACGGCCCGGUGGCGGGCACCAUCUACUUCGAGCAGAAGGGAGACGGGUCUGUCAUGGUAACAGGACGCAUCACAGGAUUGACGGAAGGCCACCACGGUUUCCACGUUCACCAGUUUGGCGAUAACACACAAGGCUGUACCAGUGCCGGGCCUCACUUUAAUCCUUUUUCCAAAAAACAUGGUGGGCCACAGUCUGCAGAGAGGCAUGUUGGAGACCUGGGCAACGUGACUGCCAACAAAGAUGGCGUGGCCCAUGUGUCUAUUGAAGACCCUCUGAUCUCGCUCACAGGAAGCAAUUCCAUCAUUGGCCGCACAAUGGUGGUCCAUGAAAAAGAGGAUGACUUGGGCCAAGGUGGAAAUGAAGAAAGUACAAAGACGGGAAAUGCUGGAGGUCGUUUGGCUUGUGGGGUAAUUGGGAUCGCCUCAGAAAACAUUCCUUAAGACAUGGUCUUGAGUCCUAGUAACUACUCAUCUGUCAUCUUGCUAGCUGUAGAAAGUUAACUCGACAAACAUUAAACACUGUACUCUUAAAAGUUUAACUGUGUGACUUUGUUUUUAAUUGCUUUAAGUAUCUAUAAUGAGAGAUGAUAUCUGACCACUUGAAAGAUUUGUAUAGUUAAAAACUCUGACUCAAUUAAAAUGUGUUUCCGUGAUCUCUGUAUUUUGCUAAAUUUAGUCACAUAUGGGUAUUAAACAUAACUGAAUUUCUUCAGUUCUCAAGUCUGAAUAAACAGAUACCCCAUAUGGAGCCUAUUAAAGAAUCCAAAUUGAAAUUCUAAAUUAGCACCCAUACUCAAAGAUUUUGGAUGGAACAGAUUUAGUAAUAGGGUUAACGGAUGUAAACUAUUUCAUAGAGCUUGCUUUUGAAAGUAUUUUAAAUAAGGCCAUCAAUAUGUACAUAAGACGGAACCUGACCAACGUGAUCUUAGACAAAUAGGUUUUCCUUUGUCAAUUUCAGGAGAAUUAAGGUGCCUUCCCACUUCACUACCAAGCAUUUUGAUUAAAGUACCGAAGUUUAUUUUUAAAAGUAGAUGCUAUAUAGUUUGAGAGCCCCUCUUGGUAACUGUUGAAAUGGUAAAAGGCAAGUUAUAGCCUUGGUUAGGUAAGAAUAAGAUCGAUAUACCUACCUGCCGAGAUGGCACGGAUUUUCACUUUUGAAGAUUUGUGAGCAUUUAGUUUAUAAUAAAAGGAGAGGUUGACAAAAUCUGAGUAGCCUUUGAAGAACUAUACAAUGUACAUUGCGACGUGGAGCCAAAGAAAUGUCUUGAUCGUGGGUUCUGACAAUUUAAAACUCGUAAGAUUCACACACUCAGUUAAGAUAUUCACAUCUGUUUGUCUUAAUGUAAGUAUGUACCUGUGAAAGCACAUUUCUACGAAAUGUUAACCUAACCUGUAGCUGGAUUCCAGCUGUCCGCUCAGUUAGGAAGUGCACAAUAUUGUUUCUGUUAGAAGCCAGGAAUGAACUACGAUCCUGUUUGUUAACAUCAUAAACCCAUGAUGCACUUCAUCAGCUCGAGACAAUUCGGGAGAGGAGAGCUGUACUGGAAAGAGACAGUUGGUAGCAUUUUCAGAAUUGAAGUCAGUGAUAAACAUGAUCACAACAAGUGGUUAAAAUGAGUUCAGGUAAAGAACUGAAAAACCAACAGCGUUCAAGAGCUUUCACUAGUGUACAGUCUGCUGCACACAGGAGGUGAGACUCGCAUAAAGGACUCACCUGUGACUUGAAGGCCCCCCUCUCAGUGUUGUGACUGUCACGUGCAAAUGCGGGGAGGGGGUCCUAACACUGAGCUGGAAACAGGUGCUGUAAGUCCCUGUAGUCUGGACACUCAGUCAGAUGUUUCUUGCCAGAGGCAGUCUCAGGGUCUGACUUAAACUUCUCCGCCAAUAUGAAGCAGGGACAAAUUUUAGAAUUUAAGCCUACAGAUGUGAGAUUUCCUCUCAUUUCUAAUGGCAGGAACACAGAAGAUCGCUCCAGCUUGUCAAAACAGACCUGGCUGCAGAGAACUAUGUACAAACCCAAGCAAUAAAACAGCUUCACCUGGGGAUGAGGGUGAAGGAAAAAUGAAGUGCCCAGCCUGCUGAAAUGAGGACUGUAAAAAUGUCAUUUAAGAAGAAAACAGCUUUAACAAGGCCAUAAAUCCUGGGAUCUUCCUUGGCACUGGGUAAGCAGUUGUACGUAACUGCUUUUCUGUACCACUGCAAGAUAAAAGGUUGGAUGUGGCUUUGGAUGUCUCCCUGUUAUAAUUCCUGCAUAACCCACAACUAUUCUUCCUAGUUAACCCAAAAGUUUGAAGCAGAAGAGAAAGUAUUUUGUAUGUGGCAAAAAGUUCAGUCUGCCUCUGCCCAGCAGGGGAGUUUAAAAAAACAAA